GGUACAGAGCUGAAUUCACAGCCGGGUCUGAGUCCCGUGGUUGACUCUAAAUUCUGGGCUCUUCAUUCAUCCAGCGUGUUUGCCGGGCCUGCCAGGCCUGGCUGUGGCCCCAGGUAGGGGAAGGGAUGAACAGGUGAAGAAGGCAGGGUCACUGCCCCAAGCUGCUCGCACUUCAAGUCAGGAAACGGGCGGGUAAAUAACGGCAGAGGCAGAGAAUUUACCGAGUGUGUGUCUGAAGGAGGUGUGUUGAUAGUGUGGUGUGAGAGGCCCUGCCCGGGGAGCAAGGAAAGGAGGGGGGCGUGGCCCAGGAGCCUGAGUGGACAGAACGGGCUUUGUUCCACUGGCAGGGCCAGGGCAGGCCUGGGGAUGCGGCAGUCCUGGCAAUGGUGUGAGGCAUCAGAACCCAGGUCCUGGGUCCUGCUCUGCCGUUUACUUGCAAUCACUGACCGUCUCUGGGCCUCAGUUACUCGUGAUCUCUGAGGGGCCUUCCAGUUCUCCAGCCCUGGAAUUCUCUGAGUUUGGAAAAGUAUGAGAAGAGGCUGAGAGUUGUCCAAAGGCCGCCACCAUAGGUUCGAAUCAAGAAGGGAGUUCAGCCGAAGGAGGGAGGAAGGUGGGGACAACUUGCAGAUACCUCUGUGCCAGAGGGAACUUGAUUCCUGUGGUAAAGUAGAAGUCAGGAGGUUUUUGAGAGGAGCGAUGAUGUAGCCAAAGCUGUUUUAGAGGUUCUCAUAGCACCGUCUGGAGUGUCGCAGUGGGGAGACCUGCCUGGGGCCUGUUAGGGCCACACCACUGACUCUUUUGACCUCACGGGCCAUCUGUAAACUUUCCUUAGAGUCACAGUGGGCCCAACAAGGAAUAGCUCAUGGCCCUUGCCCAGAGGACCUUAUGCUAUACCCCCCUAACCAGGGGUGGGUACAGUUACUAAGCCUUUGUCCUGCUGCCCUUGUGUUCUAUAACCUGGCUGAUCAGCAGAUGCCUUUUAUCUGCAGGUCAGGGUUUGGAAAGUAAGUGAUGUAUCCUGGGCCAGAGAUCCUCCCUGGCCUUCCAUGGUGAAUACCUGUCUGCCUUUCCCUUUCUCCUGAGGGUAGAUCACAGGGUCCCAGAGGGAGGGAGGGAGGGAGGCAGAGUCACUACUACACAGAAAAGAAAACUGAGGCUCCAGGAAAGAAAGAAAACUGUGAAGGUCACACAGUUAGUAGCAGAUCUGGAACUAGAGUCCUGAUCUCCUGGGUCUACGGCAGGUGCUAGCGAUCUUGAUAUGAGUUGUUCUCCUGUCCCCGUUACAGAUUUGUAAGCCCCAUGAGGACAGGGGCCCUGGGAUCUCCCACCCCGACCCCAACAUACACCUCACAGGGCCUAGCACACUGCCUUGCACUUAGCGAUUUAGUGCUGUGGUUGAUUAAUUCUGUCUGCAGUGGCUGUGGGUAUUAUGGAUAGAAUGAAAAGGUACAGUGUUUCCAUUAUGUGGCUUCUACCACUUGGGGCCUCAUUUCUCUACUGGGGCAUUGGUCUUCUCAGUCUAAUCUUCACAGCCAUCCUCUCUGAGCCUGAUAGGACCAUCAUUAGCAUCCCAGGUUCACAGCUGAAGGAACUGGUCCAGGUAAAGUGACUUGCCCUGUUCACACUGCAAGUUGGUGUGCAAGGCUUUCUCACUCUCUAAGAAGGCCUUUCCUCUCCGUGGAGCUGAGGCUAGUGGUUUUUGUGAAGAGGAACUCACGUUACUCAUCCCUUCCCAGACCCAGCAGCCGUGUUGAGAAACAAUAUAGUCAUAGUGUGGCUUCCUAGGAAAGAACUGCUUUCCAGCAGGGCAGUGGUAAGAGCUUUGUCAUGUUUGAUACAUAUUUGCUGGAGGAAGGAGCAAGAGAGAUGGGGUCAGGCCCACCCACUUAUCCCCACCCCACCCGCUCCCAUCUGUAGAGGGAGGCAGGGGGUCCACACUGCACCCUUCGCCUGUGCUGGGAACCCUGCCUUACUCCCACCACUAUGUUUCAUCCUCGUGACAGGCCUGUGACAUGGCUCUUAACAUCUCUAUUUUACAGAUGUGGAGACAGGCUCAGAUUGUGGCUAGCCAAGACCAGAGAAAGCAGAGAUGGCCAUGAGGCGGUCCUCUUAGGAAGCUUCAUUACUCAGUGUGUUUUAUAGAUAUUUUUUACUAUAAGAGAGGAAAUAAGAGGAGAAAAGGAGAUUAAGACAUGGUUAAACCACUCAGAGUUCUACCAUCUAAAGAAAGACCACUACUGGGUUGACAUAUUUUCUUCUAGACUUUCUAAAAUUACGAUUUACAUUGGUUUUUUUUAAUGCAUAGUUAUACUUUUCUUAGCAUGCAAUUUCUCCUUAUGAUCAUCUCUAGAAUUAUGACAUCAGCCCCCUCCUCCAUGAGGUUGCAGACUCUUCUGAGCAUUAUUUUUAUUGACUCCAUAAGAUCCCUGGGAGAUUCCACAGGCGUCUUGAGUGGGCUGGAAAGCUUGGUCCUGGAGUCAGGAGUCAGAGCCUGAGCAUCGGCUGCCAUCACCUCACUGAGGACCCAGGGACAAGUCACCGCAUGCUCUCUGGGCCACAGCUUCCUCAACACUAAAGUGAGGGAUUGCACGCACUGCUCUGCAGCCCUCACAGCUCAAAUGAGCAAAGGUCUUUUGGAAAUUAUCAGGGGCUGUGCCGCCGGCAGGGGAUUUCCUUAUCUUCCCUCAGUUUCCUCCUGGGAAAGUUCUGCCCUCCCCUUGGCUCCUGGAUCUUUUGCUCCAAGCAGCAAUGCCAGACCCCAGCGUCUCGUGACACACUCACAUGAAGGCACCCCUCCUUAUGUUACCCCAAAGGGGACAUUGCCUCUAAGCAGAACAGGGGCACUGACCCUCAAAGACCACUAGCCCACACCUCUGCCUCUGCUCCCUUCUGGGUCCAAACUUGUGAGGCAUCUCAGAGAUUUCUUCCUUCUCUUCUCCCAACAGCCUUGGACGGCCCUGUGAGGCCUCUGAGCUCCGCUGUGACCUCAGGAAAGCCCCAGAGCCACUGAGUAUUAGAAAGCUUGGUACCUACCUGUCCCAGCGGCCGAUGGCAGCUGGAGCGUGGCCCUAGGACUCCGGAUGCGUAGCUCUUCUUUCCCCAGCAACACACAGAAGUACACGUUCCACCUGAACCAAGCCAGUGACGAGGUUACAAAGGCCUGAGUUUACCUCCUGGCUCUGCUACCUUCCUCUUGCCAUCCUCGGUUUCCUCCACCGUAACAUGGACAUAAGGCUGCUUACCUCCUGGAGUGACGGGAUGGCAUAAGGGAAUGUGUCCGGCACUUAGUGAGGACAGGCUCUGUCACUGUCAGCACUUCCCACUUCACGUCCAGGCCUAGCACAGAACAGGGGCCCAGGGAGAGGUGUCCACUGUGCAGGGCUGAGCAGAGACCUUGUCCACGGUGCCCUGGGAGCAUCACAAGCACAGUUACCCAGGCAGGUCUCAAUCUACACUCCUGCUCCCUCUAUAUCAGCUGUCACCACCAUCGCCUCCGGGGCUCAGUGGUGACCACUCAGCACGUGUGCACAGCUCUUCACAGUUUGCAUUGCACUACAGUGAGAGUUGAAUCAACGUAUGUGAGGAGGGCAGGAAAUACUGCCUUGUGGUACAGAGGACGAAGCCGAGGCCUGAGAGGCCCCCUCUCUAGGGGGGGAGGGGGAGAGUUGGGCUGUGUUACAUAAGCAGGAGCUCAUAAGGGGCCAUUUGGCAUUUAAGAGGCACAUUGUAUAAUCACCUUUGGGAACCAAAGGGUAAUCUUAGGGCCUUUUUGUGUGUCUUCGGUGUUUGUUUAAACCCCAGGAAGGGUGGGUAUGCGCAGAUCAGCUUAGCAGGGAAGAGGAGGCCCUAGGUGGUAAUGAACCUCUGCGGUGAGAAGCUCACCAGGGGAACAAAGGGGGUGUGAGGUAACUUAAUAUGUUCCUUUCAGUUCCAGACACUGGAACACUCUGUCCUGCCUCAAUUGGGACCAAGCCCAGGAUGCACCUGGGCCGGGUUUAAUCCUCAAAUUGUACUCUACAGCAGAAAGGGGCGGGAGAGGAGGGGCCCACAUAGGGGGCAGGGGAGAAUAGCGCCCCUUCUCCCUGCCUGUGCUCCGAGCCCAAGUGCAGAUCAAGUGGCUGCCCCUUUAAAGUUUCAUGUAGGGCUAGUAAUGCUAUCCUGUUGCUCCCUCCACAGCCACCCCCAGGCCACAAGGUGGGCAGGUCCCUGGCCCACCCCUCCCUGAAGACCAGGGGGAGGAACAGGUGGGGGGAAGAUGGGGCAGGGGGGCAAGUGUGCAGAGCUGAAGAACCUGCUAGAGUGAGGCUUAGUUAGUGCCUUCUAUCUCCCGGGCUGAGUGGCUGCUGUGCAGAGGGAGCGUGUAGCCACAGCCUGUCCAGUUAGAGGCUUUCACUGCUCAACCCUCUCGCUCAUCCUCCUGCGAGCACCACUGUCCGAGGGGCUACAGACGCGCCUGGGUGUGAGGACCGGAGGUGACAGUGUACAUGGAGUGCCCGGCAUCAGUGGCAGCUGCUGUUACAAUUGUCCAGGGAGAGAAACUGAAGCCCGGGGAGAGGAGUGGCUUGCCUCGUAGCCUGUGUCGGUGCGAAGAGCCCCUCUUGGACCCCAUCUCUCCUGCCAAUCCUGCUGGAGGCAGCAGAUGAAAACAGAGGAAUUGGGACUGAGCGGGCCUGGGUUCUAAUCCUGCCCUGCUUUUUACUGGUUUGGGCCCACACCAUGCUGUGGCCCCUGCUGCUGUUGCUGGCCGCCGGUGAGGCCCAGACCACUCGGCCCUGCUUCCCUGGAUGCCAGUGUGAGGUGGAGACCUUUGGCCUCUUCGACAGCUUCAGCCUGACGCGAGUGGAUUGCAGCGGCCUGGGCCCUCACAUCGUGCCCGUGCCCAUCCCCCUGGACACAGCCCACCUGGACCUGUCCUCCAACCGGCUGGAGACGGUGAACGAGUCCGUGCUGGCAGGCCCGGGCUACACCACGCUGGCCGGCCUGGAUCUCAGCCACAACCUGCUCACCAGGUUCUCGCCCACGGCCUUCUCCCGCCUUCGCUACCUGGAGUCACUCGACCUCAGCCACAAUGGCCUGGCCGCGCUGCCCGCCGAGAGCUUCACCAGCUCGCCCCUGAGCGACGUGAACCUGAGCCACAACCGGCUCCGCGAGGUCUCCGUGUCCGCCUUCGCCACCCACAGCCAGGGCAGGGCGCUGCACGUGGACCUCUCGCACAACCUCCUCCACAGCCUCGUGCCCCACCCUGCGCGGGCCAGCCUGCCGGCGCCCACCAUUCAGAGCCUGAACCUGGCCUGGAACCGGCUCCACACUGUGCCCGACCUCCGGGACUUGCCCCUGCGCUACCUGAGCUUGGACGGGAACCCACUGGCGGCCAUCGGCCCAGGGGCCUUCGAGGGGCUGGCGGGCCUUACACACCUGUCGCUGGGCAGCCUGCAGCGUCUCCCCCAGCUGGUGCCCUAUGGCUUCCGUGAGCUGCAGGGCCUGCAGGUCCUGGAUUUGUCAAGCAACCCCAAGCUCAAGUGGGCAGGACCCGAGGUGUUCUCAGGCCUGGGCUCCCUGCAGGAGCUGGACCUGUCAGGCACGGGCCUGGUGCCCCUGCCCGAGAAGCUGCUUCUCCACCUCCCGGCGCUGCAGAGCAUCAGCGUGGGCCAGGGCGUGCAGUGCCGGCGCCUGGUGCGGGAGGGCACCUACCCCAGGCAGCCUGGCUCCACCCCCAAGGUGGCCCUGCACUGCAUAGACACCCAGGAAUUAGCUGCUGGGGGCUCUGAUACCUUGUGACGAAUGGUGUGGCCUGGGGCCAUGUAACAGACUUUGCCCUGGGCUCCCUUGGGUCCUGGGUAAUUUAUAUUUUAACCUGCCAAUGCCAGCAGGGACUCUGUAGGCCUGUGUGGCAGCAUCAUUGAAAGAGAGGCUUUGAACCUGGGACCCACACCCAGGAGCAAGAUUUUGCCCGUUUGUCUAUGUUGCUCUCCAGACCAUAGCUGAGGGUCUUCGAUGCCAAACCAGACAGCAGUCCCCUGCUGUCCUUCCCUACUUGUCCCCAAAGUGCCUUCCCUGAGGCCUGGACCAACCUGACCCAUGACAGGAGGAGGGCGGGCGGGAGGUAGUGCUGCGGGGCAGAGGUCCAGCCACUCAGGCAUGGGUUUCUUUUACGACACAGCCCUCUCUUUGCUCUGGGCAUGUGAGGACUACUUCAUCCUUUUUUCUUCCCCUAGAACUCUGGAUAGAACUUUAUAGAAAGGACUGGAGAAAAAACUCUAGUCCACCUCCUCAUGUGCCAGAUGGGGAAACUCAGGCCGAGGGAAGGAAAAAUGCUAUUCUGAGGUCCUACAGUGGCAGAAGCGUGAAUGGACCCAAUGUCCAGCCUCCCAGCAGGGCCCCUUUGCACUUUUCUCCCCUCUCCCCUUUCUGGGCUCCCCCUUGCUUCCAAGACUCACAUCCUGCCAUUUGUGCCCUUUCCCUGUCGUCCCCAGGAGGAGAGACCAGGGCCUCGGGGGUGGCACUCUGGGCCCGGUAACCGGCUGUGGCACAGGCUAAGUCAGUUCACCUCGGAGCCUCUAGAAGCCUCAGGGAUACCAGUCCCAGCCCUGCCAGUUUCCCACUCUGGGUGGGGGGGGGCGGCGUCCCCCAGCAUCAAAAUGGAAAUGCGCCCAUUGACCCCUAAGGUACUGCCUCUAGAUGCAGUCCUGGAGCCCCUCCAGGCCCUGAGCUCCCUCAGACCCCACUGGCCCUAUGCCUGACAGCCCAGCUCAUCCUACUGAGAAUGCAGUGAAGGAGGUAGGGGAGACCCCACCCAUGUUUAUGCUCCGCCACCAGGGUGGCAUCUCAGCUUCCCAGCCCUGGGCUCUCUCCUUAGCAUGGGGUUAAUAAAAGUUGUUGCCUUUUUAAUGGACUGUCACUUUCAACCCACCCCCACCCCCACCCCCACCCCGCCCCAUCCAGGUCCCUGCUGGCAGGGGAUGGAAAUAUGCCAUUUGUAAAAGAAGAAAGACAUUGCAUUUGUUCGCUUUUGUAAUAAUGUGUCCUGGGGAUGGGUUGGGGGAGGAGGCGUUGGGUGAAAGCCAGCCAUACUUGGCCAUGCGGGCGUCAAGGGGCUGGUCCCACAGGGACGCCCACAGGACAGUGAGAGCUCUGUCCUCCCCCACCGGCCCUACCCAACACCUGGUCCUUGGUUUAAUAAACACUAUAAAGAGGC